AACAAACACACCUGAUUGACUUAUGCUGAUGAUAUCGAUACGUACCUAACCAGCCACGCCGGCAUCAUCACCAACCUUACAUUGAUCGUUCUACCCGAGUGUUAUGGCGUUACGUCUACUAUUCCUUGUCCUUGUCCUUGUCAUGUCUUUGUUUUGCACAAUACCCCAACUGGUGUUAUUUACCGCUCUGUCUGUCUCUCUAAUGUCCCGUCUAUCAACGACCACGCAUUUUCUAUCUAAUUUACGAACAUGCCAUGAUGCUUAACCUCCGAUAUCCUCUCAGACUUAUGAUUCCCUUCAACUACAAUCACAACCACAAU